UAACGUGAGUCAUAACCUCACCUCGUCAAUCGACGUACGCAUUUCAAUGUAAAUCCAUCAGUUUUUGAAUUUAUAUUACAAUGAUCGAGUCGUGUACAAAAAAGCGGAUGCUCAUAGCCGUCACUUUUUUAGGAGGGUUGAUGAUACUCGUCUUGAUUAUUGAAAGCAAUUGGACAGACACGGACAGCAGCAAGGCAUUUGUAGAGUCUGUCGAAAAGAAUUCGAGCUGUUAUCUCAAUGAAGAAUUUGAUGUGAUAUUAGAGUGUCAUCCGUGUACAGCUUUCGAAAUAGCGAGCGAAAGCAUCGGCGUCUGCAUUCAUACAAGCAACAAGGAAGUGUUGAAAUGUCGCAAGAGUGGUAUAACUGUAACCAGAAGUUGUGAUAAAGUUGCUUGGCUGGAGGAGCGCAGUUUCUGGAGAUUUGAAGGCCUUAUGUUUGGUCUCGCUGUCUUAUCUUGCAUCAGCGUCUACUGGAGGGAGAACAUCUUGCGGCAAAGAAUAGUCAGAAAAGUGGCUAGACAACUCAGAGCUAGUGUGUAGAUUGGCGGUACCGACCAGCUCA